AUGUUAAAAGUGAAGUACAAUCUAAAAAUGAUUCCUCGGUUUAAUAUUGUAAAGUUUUCGAAUGCUUUUAAAAUAAAUUCAAUAACCUUACGAUUAUUACAACUUCGCAAUAUGUCACAUCUAAAGUAUGAAAGUGGUCCUAUUAAAGUGGCUGAGAGAGUUGCACAUUUCAAACAAGACGUAUGGUCCAUUUUUACGCCAUUGGCUGCGCAACUCAAAGCUGUGAAUUUAGGGCAAGGCUUCAUGAAUUUUCCACCACCAGAUUUUGUUAGAAAAGCUGCAAUAAGCGCCAUUAAUACUAAUGAUUGCAAUCAAUAUAGCCAUCCGAAAGGUAGAUUACGCGCGCGGGAAGCUUUGGCAAAGUCAUAUAGUCCUUUAUUUGACCGGACGUUGGAUCCAGAAACUGAAGUUAUUACUUCUGCUGGUGCAAAUGAAGGAUUAUAUGCUAUUUUUGCGGGUUUUUUGGAUGAUGGAGAUGAAGUUAUAUUGAUUGAACCUUUUUUCGACCAAUACAUUGCGAACAUCACGAUGAACGGUGGUGUGCCCGUGUACGUGCCAUUACGACCACAUGGAGAUACAAACAAGAUUAUAUCCUCUCGCGACUGGAAAUUGGAUAUUAAUGAAUUAAGAUCGAAAAUUACUCCGAAAACUAAAAUACUUGUGUUUAAUACUCCUCAUAACCCUGUGGGUAAAGUAUUUUCAAGAGAAGAGAUGCUCGAAAUUGCACAAGUUGUACAAGAAUUUAAUUUGUUACUAAUUAGUGACGAAGUAUACGACCGUCUUUAUUAUAAACCUGAUGUCCAUGAACGCAUAGCAACUUUGCCGGGAUUAUGGGAUCGCACCAUUACUGUUGGAAGUGGUGGCAAGACUUUUGGUACAACUGGAUGGCGUGUCGGGUGGUCAAUAGGUCCUAAACAUUUAAUAAAAACUGUACUCGCAGCGCAAACUAGAAUUGUUUUUUGUGUCAAUUCACCACUUCAAGAGGCCAUAGCAAUAUCAAUUGAAGAAGCUGAGGCGCAUGGCUAUUAUGAAGAGAACAUCGCAUUAUAUGAACAAAGACGCGACAAAUUAUGUAAAGCACUAUCAGAUGCGGGACUUCCAUACACUAUCCCUCAAGGUUCUUAUUUUAUUUUGGCUAAUACAAAACGAAUUAAUAUUCCGGAGGACUAUGAGUAUCCUGAAAUCUUGCUCAACCGACCAAAAGAUUUUAAAGUAUGCUACUGGAUGGCAAAAGAGAUCGGUGUAGUAGCUAUCCCACCUAGCGAAUUUUAUAGCGAAGAGAAUAGACACCUUGGAGAGGAUUAUGCACGAUUUGCAUUCUGUAAAACAGAUGAAACACUAGAAGCAGCUGCAAAAGCUUUAUUGAAAUUGAAGAAAUAUAUUAAUGAAUAA